CUAAAAAAAAAGAAAAUCGAAAUUCAUAGAAUAAUAAUUUCAUGGCACUUCAAAAUGUGGCAGCCGGGGUUAAAGCUGUCGAUCAUUUUGGCAAGCAAAGAAGGGCGGCGUACGUAACUUUCUUGGCGGGGAACGGUGAUUAUGUCAAAGGCGUGGUGGGGCUCGCCAAGGGUCUCCGGAAAGUCAAAUCAGCUCACCCUCUUGUGGUGGCACUGCUGCCGGACGUGCCGCUUGACCACCGCCUCUUACUGGAGGAUCAAGGCUGCAUCGUCAGAGAAAUCGAGCCCGUGUACCCGCCGGAAAACCAGACUCGGUUCGCCAUGCCAUAUUACGUCAUCAAUUACUCCAAACUCCGUAUUUGGGAGUUUGUGGAGUACAGUAAGAUGAUAUACUUGGACGGUGAUAUCCAAGUGUUUGAUAACAUAGAUCAUCUGUUUGAUCUUGAAGACGGACGUUUCCACGCCGUUAUGGACUGUUUCUGUGAGAAAACAUGGAGUCACACGCCGCAGUACAAAAUUGGCUACUGCCAGCAGUGCCCGGAGAAGGUGACUUGGCCGGCGGAGAUGGGCCACCCUCCGGCCCUUUACUUCAAUGCCGGCAUGUUUGUCUUUGAACCCGGCCUUUCCACCUAUGGGAGUCUCUUGAAUGCACUUCAUACCACCACUCCUACUCCUUUUGCUGAGCAGGAUUUCUUGAACAUGUUCUUUAAGGAUGUGUACAAGCCGAUUCCGAAUUUGUACAAUCUUGUUCUAGCAAUGUUAUGGCGUCAUCCGGAGAAUGUUAAGCUUGACCAAGUUAAAGUCGUUCACUAUUGCGCAGCAGGUUCGAAGCCUUGGAGGUACACGGGGAAAGAAGAGAACAUGGAAAGAGAAGACAUAAAAAUGGUGGUGAAUAAGUGGUGGGAUAUUUACAAUGACGAGUGUUUGGACUACAAGAGAAGGGUGGUGCAGAUUCGGAAUGAGAGAGCUUUGCAGCCGUUGAUUGCAGCAGCAGCAGCCAUGGCAGAGACCAACGCACCUGUCUUGCUGCAGUAUGUUGCAGCUCCUUCUGCCGCUUAAACCGGAACACACCAGAGAGUAUAUAUGUUUAUAGUCCUUUAGUUUCUCUCUCCUUCCAAGGAAAAUACAUGGAUGGCUACAAAGAGAGAUUGGAGAGGCUUGAGGUUGUUAAUAGUGUGGAUUUUUUUGCUAGAUUUGUUGUUCAGCCCUUGUAAAUGGUAAUUGUUUAUUUGUUUAUUAUGGGCAAUGGUCUUUGAGUUUUAAUGGAUUAUGGAUUCUGGUUUUGCUAAGUAUCCGAAAAUUAUCAUCGUUA